AUGAUGAUUGUGUCAAGCGAUGGUUAUAUCAUUUCAAUGAUUGGUCCAUAUUUGACUGACUUUACAAACAAUGGUGCAUCAAUGAUAAGACACAUAUUUGGUAUACCAAACUUACAUGCCUGCCUUCUUGGAAAAAAGACUGACAGUCAAUUAACAACAGCUGAAGCAAAUGAAACACGAUUUGUUACUAAAAUUCGUUGGGUAGUGGAGUCAGCAAAUGGCACAGUAAAGACGUGGGGACUUUUUGAUCGUGUAAUGGCAAAUUCAAUGAUACCAAUUACAGGUGAUCUUCUGUCAAUUGUUUGUACACUUAUUAAUGCCUAUCGACCGCUCUUUGUUCGAGACGUUUCAAAUGACGAUAAAGUUGCUAAUACUAUAUUAGGUCGUGUUAAUCAGGGUAAUGAACUCAAAGAUUACAUUGAUCGAUUGAAGAACGAGAAAGAAAAAAAAUCGAAGUGGAUUCGAAUCGACGCUAACGAUGCUGUUCGUGACUUUCCUAUUCUCGAUCUUGAUUAA